AUGAAAGGACGAUUCCCGUGGCAGAAGGCGUCGAUCAUGUGCAAACCGUACUGGGAGUGGGAACAAUGGCUGAAACGGAAAAAUCCGACGUUACCGAAACGAUGGACGACUUUCAGUGAAAAAGCGCUAAAGCUCAUGAAAAAAACCCUCACACCGCGCGUGAAAGAUCGAUGGACAGCCAAAGAUAUGCGAAAAUGCAUAGCAAAAGAAAAGCUGUUGAAACCAGUCAAGGUAGACGAUUCUGUAUAA